GUAGAUUAUAUCAAUGGUCAAUUGUCAAUGGUCAAUGGUUGGAGAUAAAUAAGACUACAACGACGAAAACUGAUAUUACCAUGAAUUCUCUCUCAAAGAAAAAAAGUUUAACAUACCGAGAAAAGCAGGUGGAAGAGGUUCUUCCAACAAAACCUUUUAAAGAGGAAAAAACCCUUUCCAUAAGAUUAGCAAAAACCAUCUCAAAGCUUCCCUUUAUUCCGAAGAAUCUCGGACAGAAUAAAAAAAUGAGUACAAGCAAUAACCAUCAUUCCGAAAACGGGAUUGACUUGCACCUUAAGCGUAAUCCUAACAAUGAGUUUAACAGUGCAAAGAGAAAGAGUGAUGGAACAGAGCCUUCAGAGCAAAACUACAUGAUGCCCCCUUCAUCAAAGAGGACAUAUUUCCCGAGCGCCUCGACUGAAGAAUUCAAUGAUAUUAAACAACCUACAAUACGAAAUGACGCGGUCGAAUUACUUUUAAAUCAGGAACAAGACGAUAUUGUGACUCCUGACAUUUCCCAAGUACUUGUGAUUUAUACGGGCGGGACUAUAGGCAUGAAGAACACCAACACACAUGGAUACACACCAGUACCAAACUAUUUCACGGAUAGACUGGCAGGAAUGGCAAGAUUUCACGAUCAGAAAUUCUAUAGUUGUCUACGCCGUUUGUCAAAAGAUCAUUCAUAUCCAACCGACAAUGAUGAUUAUGAUAUGCUCACAAAUAAGGUCACCCUCAGUGAUUGGAAAAAUGGAUUGCAGACACAGUAUAAUAUUUAUCAGCGCAGUUUAAUAACUCCACUUUCUUUGCAAGGAAAAAGGAUUAGAUAUUCUGUUGUAGAAUAUGAGCCUUUAUUAGAUUCAUGUAACAUGUCUUGUGAAGAUUGGAUACGGAUUGCUGCCGACAUCGAGUUAAAUUACGAGUCAUAUGAUGCAUUCAUAAUUUUGCAUGGAACGGAUACAAUGGCUUAUACUGCCAGUGCACUUAGCUUUCUACUUGAAAAUUUGGGAAAGACCGUUAUACUAACGGGCUCACAGGUACCGAUAUCGGAGGUUCGGAAUGAUGCAGUCGAAAAUCUAUUGGGGGCGCUAACUAUCGCUGGUCAUUAUGUUAUUCCUGAAGUAUGUCUAUUUUUCAACAAUAAACUGUUCCGUGGGAAUCGUUCAGUUAAAAUGAAUGCCGUGGAGUUUAACGCAUUCGAUUCUCCGAAUCUGGUUCCACUGGCAACAGUCGGAAUAAAUAUCAACGUGAAUUGGGCAGAAGUGGUUCGUCCAUCAGCCAUAAAAUUUAAUGCGCAUAAAAUUCUCAACCGAAAUGUGAGCAGCUUGCGAUUGUUUCCUGGUAUUACCGAAUCAACCGUACGAGCGUUAUUAGCGCUACCGAUAGAAGGUGUUAUUUUGGAAACUUUUGGCGCAGGAAAUAUACCAGAUACAAGAAGCGACAUUAUGAAAGCGUUAGAAGAAGCCAGUAAUAAUGGUGUUGUCAUUGUGAAUUGCACCCAAUGUAAGAAAGGAAUGGUAACUGAUCUUUAUGCAACCGGGAAAUCCCUCACGAAAAUAGGAGUGGUUCCGGGUAGUGAUAUGACGCCGGAGUGCGCAUUGGUUAAACUUUCAUAUUUAUUAAGCAAAGGGGAUGAAAAGAAUCGUUAUUCCCCUCAAGUUGUCCGAGAAUUGAUGACCAAGAAUCUUCGAGGAGAACUCACCGUUGUAGCCCAGAAACCUCGAUUCACUUUUCACAAUCGUACACAUAAAAUUAUUCAAAAUAUGAUAGCGGCGGCCGCUGAUGCCAAGCGAGGCGGUGUGUCAGACUCCGCGUUGAUGAUAAACGUUCAAGAAAAAGUUUUGAUGGAAAAAUCGAUUUAUCCAAUAUUGUUAUGUUCAGCCGCUGGCACUAAUGACUUGGAGGGAAUACUAUUGUUGUGGGAGAGUUAUGAUAGCUUGAUACUGAAUUGUAUAGAUUAUGAUGGGCGAACACCUCUGCACAUUGCGUGCACUGCUGGUCACGUUAGAAUUGUGAAAUUCCUAUUACAGCAUGGGGCAUCGGUUCACAUGAGAGAUCGAUUCGAUCACACACCAUUAUUUGAGGCCGCAAGGAACAAACACGAACAUAUCAUAAAGCUACUACGCGAUACUGGUGCACAUUUCAACGAUGCCGAGAUUGAUGACGUUAUGUUUCAAGUUUUUUCAGCAGCAGCGAAAGGUGACGUGGAGUUACUGAAGCAUUUUGUUGACGCCGGUUUUAACGUAAAUCGAACAGGGUUCGAUCAUCGUACGGCUCUUCAUCAUGCAGUUGCUGAGGGAAGAUUGGCUGUGGUGCAAUAUUUAUUAUCUCUUCAAGAGAUCAAUGCCGAGAAAAAGGAUCGAUGGGGCAAGAAACCUAUAGAUGAUGCAGAGAUAAAUCUUGGUCGGAUGUGGGGAAGAGACAAUGAUCGAGAAAAAGAAUUAAGAGAGAUUGUUAGAAUAAUAAGAGAGAAAGAAGAUUAUAAUGAAAAGAACAAUGUUAAUAUCGUAAGUCAAAAAUUAGAUAAUAUUAAUGAUAGUUUUUACAGUAGAAAUUCUAGUACCAGUCUCAUCAAUGAUAAUAAUGAUAAUAAUAGUGAUAAUACAUAUAAUAGGACGAGAAAUGGUGGUACGAAUGAACAGAAUCAUUUAAACAGCACGACUAAUAGAGAUGCGUCUUUCUUUGGUAGAAAUUUAAUGGACAAUAACUUGACAUAG